CAAAGCAGCUGUUUCAUAUUCUCCAAAACCUUUAUUCUCAAGAUCUAUUUCUCUUUAUCUUCCUCUCUAUACUAUAUUAUGCAGCUAAAGAAACUGUGACCCUUUCAAGUUUUUAUCUUCUUCUUUCUUUUCUUUUUUUCUUUUUUGUACUUUGGAAAGAUGACCCUUCGAGUUCUUUGAGAUCUGGGCAUUAUUAUAAUCUCAGAUGCAAUCAGAAGAGGCUAUUCUUUUUUCCAUUUAAAGAAUUACAUUGAGGAUAAGAUAAGAUGGGGAAGAAAGGAAAAUGGUUGUCUUCUCUAAAGAAAGCCUUCACCCCAGAAUCCAAGGAAAAGAAAACCCAGAAAUCCAAAGAACAGGUUUUGGGAAAGCAAGUGGAUUUGGGUUCCAAUGAUUCUGAUGCAGCCACUUUAGAAACUCUCAACUUGUCCCCUCCUCCCCAGCCACAGAAGGUGAAAUUAAUCGAAGCCGAGGCUGAACCGAGCGAGCAAACUUACCCUGUGGAAGUUGCUAUUGCUGCUGCUGCUGCUGUGGCUUUGGCCGCUCCAGCUGAGGCAGUUGCGGAUGUCGUUCGUCGUCAAUCCAAUACAGGUCCUCGGUUUGCUGGAAAAUCUAAUGAAGAAGUGGCAGCUAUCAAAAUUCAAACCGCUUUCCGAGUUUACCUUGCAAAAAGGGCAUUGCAUGCUUUACGAGGACUGGUGAGACUGAAAUCAAUGAUGGAAGGACCAAUGGUUAAACGGCAAGCAGCCGGUACCCUUAGGUGCAUGCAAACCCUUUCUCGUGUACAAUGUAAGAUUCGCUUGAGGAGAAUCCGGAUGACAGAAGAAAAUCAGGCUCUUCAAAGGCAACUCUUGCAGAAACAUGCAAAAGAGAUUGUAAACUUGCAGAUGGGGGAAGACUGGGAUGAUAGCCUGCAGUCAAAGGAACAAAUUGAGGCAAGCUUAUUGAGCAAGCAUGAGGCCUCUAUGAGACGAGAAAAGGCCAUGGCGUAUUCGUUUACUCAUCAGCAAACCUGGAAGAAUGCUUCAAGAUCUAUGAAUCCACUAUUCAUGGAUCCGAACAAUCUGUCCUGGGGUUGGAGCUGGUUGGAACGUUGGAUGGCAGCUUGGCCAUGGGAGGGUCGUGGCAUGGCAGAAAAAGAACAGAACAAUGAUCAGUCAUCCGUGAAGAGUGGACGCAGCAGCUUCGGAGGAGACAUCAGCAAAGCUUAUGCUCGUUACCAACUCAAUUUGGAUAAGCAAUCCCUGAAGGCCAGUCAAAAGCCAAGCCGAACUUCGAGUCUGCAAUCCCCUUCUACUCCUAAGCCAGUUUCCACGCCUACCCGAAAAGUGAAGUCACCGAGCCCUAGGAGCAGUGUGGUUGCUCCAGAUAAUAUGAGAAGUACAGUGAGUGUGCUGUCUGAAAGAAACCGCAGACACACCAUUGGAGGUUCCUCGGUACUGGAUGAUGAGAGCCUAGCAAGCUCUCCAUCCCUUCCAAGUUAUAUGGUACCAACUCAGUCUGCAAGGCUUAAGACCAGGUUGCAAAGUCCGUUGGGACUAGAAGCAAAUGGAACAACACCUGAGAAAGGGCCAAUCCCGUCUACCAAGAAACGGCUUUCUUAUCCACCAUCACCCGCCAGGCCGAGGCGGCAUUCUGGUCCUCCAAAGGUAGACAGUGGCAGCGAUACUAACACAGAGGUUGCUGCAGUAAAUGGAGACGGUAAUUAGUUAAUAUCUAAAUCAAAAGGAGAUGAAGCAAAGCAAACACCAUAUGGCUAUGGAGAAAUCCCAAGGAUUAAAAAAAAGAAAAGAAAGAAAGAACAUGCAGCAAAGAGAAAUUAUAAUCAUUUGAUUUCUGAACCUUUAGUUCAUUGUCUAAAUUAUUUAUUUGUUCUUGUGUAUUUUGGCAUUUGAUAUUUGCACUAGAGUUGCAUUUCUUUUUCUUUUGCUACAAUUAGUAUUCAAUAAUAAAAAUCAUUCGAGAAUUAUUAGCUAA